AUGAAGACGACUUCAGGUCUGCAGGAACAGGAUGGUCGAACAUGUCAAUCCGAGCGAGCUUUCCCUGAGAACCCCGAAGCUAAUCACGACACGGAGACCGAACAUCUGGACGAAGACGAUUUCGACGAUUUGAUCGUUGUCAAAGAUGCAAAAGACGAUGCUAUCAAGCGGAAGACCUUGGAUCGUCUGGCUGAAAUCAUGGCUAGGACCAAAACCGCUAGAAAUAAUCGGAUGUCGAGGAAGAGAAAUGCCGAUGCCAAACAUGUCACCAGCGUCAUUCUGGUUGAGGAUUUGAAGGAUUCGAAGGAUAAAUCUGCAACCUUCAUAUUCAGCAAGAACGGGGGAUUUGAUGCUGUUGAUGAGAGUUUCCUGAAACGACUAGAAGCCUUGCUUCAAAACAUCGCAUCCAAUGGUAACUUGGAGUUUUACCUUCUGUCACUUUAUGAUUGCGUUGCUAAUUCACGCGUGCGAUAUCACUCCGAUAUCCUUUUUGAAGUCAUGGCAAAAGCCAAGGAGAUUGUUAUGUCGCCCAGAAGCCAAGAUUUCCGGGACGAACCUUGCCAAAUUGGACUCCGAGACUGGGAAGACAACCAAGGAGUUUGUUAUGAGUUUCCAUCCAGUGGGGUCGGGAGGAGUCACGCCUCCAGAGAAGCUGUGGACUGUCUGUCUGUCCAAGAGGAAGAAACAUCUGUCCAGGAGAUUUACAGCGGAAUCCAUUAUCUGUUCACAAAAAGCGAUCAUCGAGUCUCUCGUACAUCUCUGAGGAGUAUUUUGGAGGGAGUCUACCGUAUUCUACGACACCCACGACAGCGACCUGCACUCAAAGGCCUCCUCAGACAAACUUUCCGCCACCAUCAGAAAGAAUUCAAGCGAGCCUGGUCUUCUUUGCUGUAUCUGGCUCGGAUCUACUUCGCAGCCGUCAUCCUUCUACAGUUCGCGACAGAGUUAGAUUUCAAGUUCAUCAAAUUGAAUCAAUUCAAGGAGCCGUUGCCGGCAUGCCUAAGAAGUUGGAAAGACUUCUUUCUGCACUCGGAAAAGGCCGAUCAAUUCGCUCGAAUCGCGCGAGCAUCCAAGACAGUCCAUGCGGAAGUCCAACUGACUCUAUAUGCAGAGAAUACUCUGCGGACCGGUGACAAACUCACUGACAGACUAUAUCGCUAUAUCGGGUGUAGCAAGAAGUGCUGUUUCUUUUGUGAACUCUUUUGCAAAAGUCAUGGCUCUUUCCAGAUACGUGGGACUCACAAGACUCUUUUCCCAAUGUGGACGUUGCCUCGGAUACUCCCUCAGCAGUCGCUUCAAGUACUGCGCGACUUCUCAAAGCUCCUCAAGGAUCUUCUGUCCCGUAUUAUCACUAGUCCGCGUGCUCCAACUCAAUGUGACCUCCAACAGCAAUCAUCAGCAGCCUUGUCGACAUUGGGUACAGUGCAGAGAGAAGUGGCAACGUUCUCUAGCAGACCGCAAACUGUGAACAAAAUGAUGCUCGGUGCUGGCGGAGUCAUCGCCACAGAACACCAGCUGAUAGUUGUACCUUGCUUGGAAGCUCCUGGCUAUGCAACUUUGCUUGGUGGACCCAAAAAACGAGAAGUGACAUUUUUGCCUAUAGAAGAGGCCGAACUGAUCAAAAUCAAUCACGAGAGAAGCAUGUCUAUGCUAGAGCAGACCUAUGACAUGCCACCCAUCACAAGCGUGGAUCAAAAACGUUGCCGACACUGUAGCAACAUUGCGGCGCACAGAUGCUCGGCUUGUCGAUCAUGGUAUUGCUCCAAAGUCUGUCAGAAGCAGCACUGGCCGCAACAUGUCUUUGUGUGCAGGGCUCUGGCACGACCCAACGAUUCGGAUUUUCUCAGACUGAUGGUCAUGAGGAAUUCCAAGAAUAUCGUUUCAACAGAUGGAGAACGUCUGCACAACGCCAUACGCGAUGUGCUUUCCGACGACCACAUCUGCAAGGUGAUCAAUCUUAUCUUUCGAGUGUUGCAGCUGCACCUGCAGAAGGGCAGUCUGAGCAAAUUUCUUGUACACGGAACUACCGAGUACGCUUACAUCACCUGGUUUCUAGAGCAUUGGGAUCCGGAAGUGCGUGUCAUCCCAAACAUACUCAAAACCACUUACGAUAUUUGGGAUGUCGCAGCGGCAAGUGCAGUCAAGACUCUUGGAUUGGCAGACUGGUUCGGAAACAGGCUACACCUUGAUACAUCUCAGACAGAUGUUUUGGACCUUUAUCUGAGCAUUCAGCCGUCCAUUGGUCUGAUACCAGACAGCACUUCUUCAUCUUGGAUCAAAUUUGGCUUCUGUUACUGCAAGUCGUUCUCACAACGAAAAGAACUCGCUCAGAAGUACUUGACCUUGGCGCUUUCCCAGGCUACUUUUGACGACAUAGUUUCAGCGUACGAAGCGUCGUGUCUAGGAGACUUGAUGCGUGCUCAUAGUAUCGACAUCUCACAUCUCGAGAACCAGGGCGUUCGGCUCUACAGGCCACCACCACGCGAGUACAGCAUCUACCGGCUCAUGAUUGAAGUCGAGCACGCACUGUCGGGUAGAUUCUGUAGCUGCUUUCGCCUACGUGAGGGUCGGGAUUGCCACGCAUAUUACGAAACCCACAUUGAUCUCGACUGGGAGAGGUGGCAACUUCUGAAUUUCUAUAAACACUUGUUUCAAUCACCAAGCUUCAACGCCCAACUCAUGGCGAAAGCUACGGAGGAUCCGGAUCUUGGAAGCUUGGAGGACUAUUUCGAUAGCCAUCGAGCGAACAUCUUGUUCCCGAGAUUGAGAGAUAGGCUGAGGGGCUGGGACCGAGAUGGUCGACCCAUUAUGCAUCACCAUCUUGUCUGUCGUUGCAAAGAACACGAUGUGUUGGAACCUCCCGGUAUCGUUCAUUCGCUACUGUAG